AUGUCGGCGAUUACUGUAGAUGUAGGAGAGCCCGAGGAAGCAAUGGAGUUGAUUCCAAGAAACGGUCCUGACCCUCUGGAUGUUCAACCACCCGCUGAGAAUCCAAGUCAUCCGGAUAUCACUUUAGACUUCUGUAAUAAACGAACAAAGAGUUUCGUCAAUGAGAAGACUGGGACGAAGAAGUUUGUGUUCGAUUACACCGGCACCGCCUUCAAGAAUGGCGUCUUCGCAGGAAAAAGUUCUUGGAAAGUUCUCGAAGAGCUUCUCACCGCAAAGAAAAUCAACGUGAUCCGUACUCCGUUCAUUCUCAACUAUGUCAACCAGAAACUGGUUGACUGUGCCUGGUUUUAUGCUCUUCAUGUUUUUGCUGCCCUGAUCAUCUUUAUUUGUCUCUUCUUCUACAUCGUUUCCCCUCAACGUUGGAAUCAAAUCCCUCUGCUUCUUGCUCUUUGGAUUUGUUUAUUCUCUUUGAUUUUCAAAGGACAGAUGAAAUUGAUUUUUGGAAAACUUGAAACAGCUUCUUUUAUUAUAUAUUUUAUAUCUUACAUUGUUAAUUUAAUCACUCAUUUUUUGACUUUGAUGUAUGUUUACGCUAAAUUCUAUUAUUCUUAUGAUGACCAGGAUACAGCUUGGAAGAUCUCUGUGAUCUGGAUCCCCACUCUCAUCACAUUCUCCUUCGCCUUCCUCCUAGUGAUGGAAGGCUCCACAACUCCCUGGCAAUCACUCAACCAAAAACUCAUAAACGGCACUGUCGAGGCUUCAUAUCUAGAAAGUUUAUUUUCCGUUUUCCAAGCAAUAGUGAAAACGUCGAGUAUGAUGUUAGGAGAAGUGGAUGCAAAUGAUAUUCUGAAUACUAAAAAAUGGAUUGCCUCGAUUCUGGUACUAAUAUUCGAGGUGUUUACUAUAAUUAUCCUUAUGAAUUUGAUUUUGUCACUUGCGGUGGACGAUGUGAAAGAGUUGAUCCAAGAGGCAAAAGAAAAUAUUCUCAAGAUCAAAGUGAAGUACUUGAUUGAAGUUCUGCAGUUAAAUCAAGCGUAUUUCAAUCAGAAACAAUGGAUAAGAAGAAAUUUUUCUUCUUUGAAAGUCUCUUUUCAUACAAAGGCGCCGCAAAAUGUGUUGAUAUUGACCAGUGACAACAAAUAUGGAUAUUCAAAUUGUCAAUUCGAGAAUGUGAAUUGGGAAAUCAUUCCCGAUAAGAUUCAAGUUUACUGGUUGGCAGCUGCUCAGAAAUGGUUCAUUGGUUUGGAUCUCAAUGAGUAUUCGGAAAACUGGCCUGGUGCGGAAAUUGAUCCACAAAAUAUCCAAGACCUGAAUACAGCCGAUUCUUUUACAACAUCAGAGAAGAAUCGCAUGCGCGCAAAGACUAGAUUCAUUUGGAAGUUUUCACGCAAAUUCGUGUGGCGUAGCCCCGUGAAAACGAGCCGAAGACGCAUCAGCCUAGUCUGGUAA